AUGUCUGGUGCUCACGCCUUCGCUUCCGUUCUUUAUGGGAGAGUAUUCGUCACACUUCCAGUCCCCAGCACAACAACCGACCUUUCGGACCAAAUCAUCAUUGUCACCGGCUCAAACACAGGCCUUGGCUUUGAGUCUACUCGCCAUCUGUCUCGUCUUGGAGUUGGAAAAAUCAUUAUGGCUGUCAGAACUCUCGCGAAAGGCGAAGCAGCUAAGAAGGAGAUUCUCAAAACCACAGGCAAGCCCGAUUCCACCAUUGAAGUCUGGCCAAUCGACAUGGACAGCCACGACUCUGUCAAAGCAUUCUCCGAACAAGCUUCUCAGCUUCCUCGACUCGAUGGCGUGUUGGCCAAUGCAGGCAUCAUGACAUCAGAAUUCGCACUCAGCGAGAAUAGUGAAAAGACUCUCAAUGUCAACGUCAUCAACACGUUUCUCCUCUUUUUCCUUCUCCUUCCAAUAAUGCGUAGGUCGGAGCGGCAGACUGGUUAUGCAUGCCGGUUUGUUAUUCCCAACAGCGCAUUGCACUACAUAGCUCCUCUUGCUGAGCUGGAUGCUCCAGUGAUAUUCGAUCGGCUCAAUGACCCAAAGCGAGCAAUUAUGAGCGGGAGAUAUCCUUUGUCGAAGCUGCUUGUCCUCUAUGCAACCCGCGAGAUAGCCGAGCGAACCAGGUCUUCUAAUAAGGGAAACUUCAUCAUCAACGCGCCGAAUCCAAGCUGGUGCAAAUCCGACUUAGGCAGGGAGAUGGAGUCAUCCGGUUACAAAAUGGUAGAAAAGAUUAUGGCUCGUUCUACAGAAGAAGGUAGCCGGACUUUGGUGCAUGGCCUGCUCACUGAUGAAACAAGCAAUGGCCAUUACCUCUCAAAUUGUCAUGUUCAAGUUCCGGCAAAGCACGUUACGAACCAAUGGGCCCAGAAAGUGCAAAAGAAAUUCUUUGGAGAGCUGCUGGGAAAACUCGAGGCUAUUGCUCCAGAAGUGACGUCUAACCUUUGA